AUGGUUCGAAUCAGCCCGUUUGCCGUCGAGCAAUGGAUGGACCUUUACGAAACCAGUGCAAAACAUAACCUGGCUGAAACAUGCUGCGCCUCCAUCUCCCUCAACGACCUGAUAGCCUUGUCCUCGAAAAAGGAUCUAGUAGACUACACGCAGAAGCAGGUCUACGGUGCGAUCCGGGGAUCAGAAGCACUGAGGGCCAAUAUUGCGAACCUGUAUUCGCAGUCUGAAUCAAGCCCGAUCUCCGCUAAUGGCAUCCUCGUCACAAACGGUGCUAUCCAGGCAAAUUUCUUGGCACUCUAUACUCACAUCGGGCCCGGUGAUCAUGUCAUUUGUCAAUACCCGACGUAUCAGCAGUUAUACUCCGUGCCUGAGUCAUUUGGCGCGGAGGUUAGUCUGUGGCGGUCGGAUGACGCGCAUGGAUGGGAAAUGGAUCUGGAGAUGUUGAGGUCUUUGGUCAAGCCAAAUACGAGGAUGAUCAUUUUGAAUAAUCCUCAGAACCCCACUGGGGCGAUUCUUCGUCGUGAAGAAUUACGAAAGAUUGUUGAUAUCGCCCGUGAACAUGAUAUCCUGAUCCAUUCAGAUGAGGUUUAUCGGCCUCUGUUCCAUUCUCUCGGCACUGAUCAGGCUCCUCCAUCCAUUCUUGAAUUUGGAUAUGAAAAUGUCAUCGCGACGGGGUCCAUGUCCAAGGCCUUCAGCUUGGCCGGGAUCCGCUUGGGCUGGAUUGCUUCGCCGAAUCCUGAGAUUAUUGAAGCUUGUGCCUCUGCCCGCGAUUACACACUCAUCUCGGUUGGUCAGAUUGAUGAUAGUGUAGCGACCCACGCUUUGUCUACCCCGUGUGUGGAGAAUCUGUUGCACCACAAUCUUCGCCUGUCUCGGCAGAAUCUCGAAGUCCUCGAGAGAUUCAUCGAAGAAUUCAAAUGGGCUAUGGGGUGGACAAAGCCCAAGGCUGGCACGACUGCGUUCAUAAAAUUUAUUGAUAAGAAAGGGAGAGCAAUCGACGACGUUGUGUUCUGCCAGCGCCUCCAGGAAACGACCGGAGUGAUGCUGGUCCCUGGAAGUCGGUGUUUUGGUGGUGGCGUGGACUUCCAUGGAUAUGUGAGGUUGGGCUAUGUUCAGGACAGCCAGGUGCUAGUUGAUGGCUUGAGCUCCCUGAGACGGUUUAUGCAUGAUGAGUAUGACAAGCUGCCGCUUGCCGAGGGAAUGCGAGGCCCCCUAGAAUAG